AUGGUUAAUAUGACGAAAUAUUAUGGGACCUUGAACAGUAGCGCCUCAGAACAUUCCGGAGUAGAGCAGCCAGAGACUGGCGAGGAGCAGCACCAGGAUGAGGUAAGUGGCGAUGAGACUAGUGGUCUCGUGGUUCGGCAUCUCGGACGCGCUCACUGGACAAGCGGCUCCAGAAAACUGGCGACAAGAAACUGUCCCGAGCGCCACCACGCCCCUAUCUCACGACGAAUACGAAUUUAUAAAUAUAUAUGUAAUUAUAGAACUGUCGCGACAUGGAAGGACGGUGAUAACAACGACAACAAACUGAACGAACACGAUCUGGAGACAGGAGGCUGGGUGAAGGCAGUUUGGACCCAAUAUAAAAAAGAUAAGCUUGCACUGACGGUGACACCACUCACUUCAGCACUAAAAGACCGCGGAGUAGAGCAGCCAGAGGAAGAAGAGGAGGAUGACGAGGAUCAUGUAGGUCGCGGCGAGGUUGACCGUCUCCGCGUUGAUCGGCAUGGUGGCGGCCUGAGGACUGACCGACGGAUCCUAGCCCGCCACCAGCCACUGACGCACCAGGGACGGACUCGGGGCAAGGAUGUUAAACGAAUUACAUGA